AUGGGUAUGGAAAAUGGGAUGAUGUUGACCAUCGCUGGUGCCGUGAAGUUGAUCCUGAUCCAUCAUCUGAUCGGUGCCACAUCGGUCAUGGCAACCGCCAACGGAAGUACACUGCUCAGCCGAAGACACACGGACAACCUACUGAUAGCUCGAUGUCGUUCCAAAUGUACGAACACAUUCGACAAAAAGACUAUGUGCGAGAGCAACUGCAUUCGCGACUACCUGGAGAAUCCUACGUACAAAAAAUUCGGAGAUUGCCCUAAAGACCCAUUGAAUCGGUUGGAAGCGAUAUGCCUCAAUACCUGCCAGAGUACUGAUUAUCAUUGUCCUGGAGUGGAAAAGUGCUGUUCUCAUUCAUGUGGCAUGAGUUGCCAAGCUCCGGUUGGCCUGGAUAAGGUACCUGGUUUGCCGCCAGUUCCCUUUCAUGUAAGUUUACGAGAGGCUGGUCGAAGCUUUCGAAUGGCCGAGAUACAGUGGGAUAUCUCACUGGAGGAGAACGCCAGUGCAGUCUACUUUGUGGUAGAAUCUCGACAUCACAUCGGUGUUAGUUUUGCGGAGCGGAAACUGGAAGACGACUGGCAAUAUCAUAUGCCACUUGUCAUCUACGAAGUGGGCAGACCGGCCAGCCAGAAACGUUAUAUCGGAGAGAUGAAGUUGAAACCCGGCCGCUGGUAUCAAGUUCGGGUUGCUGCUGUUAACGAACUGGGCACCAAAGGGUACUCGACCAUCUCUAAGGAAUUUCAGCUUAGUAAAAAGCCCAAUCCGCCGCAACCUCCCAAGAAUCUCACAUUAGGACCGUUGAUGAUGAACGCCAACGGCACAUACAACAGGAAAAUCUCGUGGAUGCUUCCGCGGUCCGAUCUUCCAGUGGAAAAGUACAAAAUUAGUUGGAGUUUGUAUCUGAACACAAGCAGCGCCGCUCGAAUGGGCAAUUCGUCACUUUUCAAGGAAACGGUCACCAUAUCAGCGCCUGCAAGACAUUUCGAGAUCAAAGGACUACAACCGAACAGUAUUUACUAUCUGCAAAUACAUGCUAUUAGCGUGUACGGCAAGAGACGCCUGAAGUCGCAAGCUUGUAACGAACUGAUGCUAACCUCAGGCGAAGUGAACGAAAGUAUUAAGCUGCCCAACAUGGACAACAUGCUGAUGAAUGAUGCGAGCAGUUACCAUCGUCGAACAAAAUCCGGCAUGGCUGCACAGGAACUCCACUAUAAAUUCGUACCGCGCAAAACCGGCCUGGCGGUCCGGUUGACGUGGCCCGAAAAGAGCUCUACCGGUCGCUUUCGGCUGCAUCUGUGCAAAGGUGCACGUGAUUGUCUCGCCAAACCGAUGAGUAUCCACUCACACGACGUUAUCGUUAAGCAGAAAACAUACUAUGAAUUUCCUCGACUUGAGUAUGACACCAAAUACACGGUUGGCCUUAGGCACAGUCGGAGGCGGCCCGUCGCACCCAUCGGUAGCCCGAAGGACCGGAACCAACGGCAAACCAAAAUGCACUCCGGGGCCGCGGAAUACGAUAACGUCCGAACAUUCGUCACGCCAAAGUGUGACAAUUUCCGCAAGGCUCACCCCGAGCAUCAGCUGGAAUGUUCCGCUUGA